CCAUGCCGGCGUACAUAUACGAUGGUUCCUGCUUGUUUGUUCUGGUCGAGGAAUUCACGACAUCUUCUUUGCCUGAUACCCGCGCUGAAGGCUGAGAGUAAGAUCUAGUCGAGUAGUGGCACAUCAAGGCCUGACUUCACUUGCGCAGGAAGAUGAAGAGCACCUCCGUCUUAGCGUGCGCCCUUGCCGCCGCCGGCACCGCCUCGGCCGAAACCAUUGGCGAGAUCAACGGCAACCGCUUCCUGUCGCCCUUCGAUGGCAAGAAAGUCACGAACGUGACUGGAGUUGUGACCGCAAAGGGUCCAUCGGGAGUAUGGCUGCGUUCGCUCGAGACCACAACAGACGAGCGUGUAUCCGAUGGCAUCUAUGUCUACGGAUCAGCGCUGGCGAAGAACACGAGUAUUACGACUGGCGACGUGAUAGUGGUUGAUGGAACGGUAUCCGAGUACCGCUCUAGCGCGGCUUACCUUCCUCUCACUGAAAUCACCCUCCCCACAGUCCGCGCCAUCCUCGAGCGCAACCGCACUUUUGCACCAAUUGUUCUUGGAACAAAGCGCAGUCCACCCACGCGGCAGCUCUCGGGCUUAGAUUCUGGCAACGCGUUUGCUGUCCCGAACAACCAGAGCUUGAUCACUGUUGUGAACCCCGUCCUUGAGCCGAGCAAGUACGGUCUCGACUUCUGGGAAAGUCUCGUGGGCGAGUAUGUCACAAUUAAGAACCCCCGCGCUGUCGGCAGACCUAACCGGUACGGCGACACUUGGGUUGUUGGUGACUGGCACACGACUGGCGACAACAAACGCGCUGGAUUGACUAUCUCCUCAAAUGACGCAAACCCCGAGGCAAUUCUCAUCACAACCCCUCUUGACGGCACUAAGAACCGGGCCGAUGGAAAGCUCGGUGACGAACUUGAGGACAUCACGGGUAUUGUGAGUCAAGGCUUUGGUUUCUACCAAAUCCAACCCCUGACGAAGCUCACUGUUACUUCGUCACUUGAGCCCGCAGUCUCAGGGGCCACGAAGCUAAUUAGUAACGGCAAAUGCUCUGGUAUUACCGUUGGAGGCUAUAAUAUCGAGAACUUUUCUCCCAAGGACGUAGACCACGUGACCGCCGUAGCAACGCACAUUGUGGAAUAUCUCAAGACGCCAGAUCUGCUUAUUCUGCAGGAGGUCCAGGAUAACAACGGCGCGACCAACGAUGGAACCGUGGACUCCGGACUCACGCUAGCGGCACUCGCUGAUGCCAUCGCAGACCUCAGCAAUGUUGUGUACAAUUACACGUACGUCAACCCCAUCGACGGCGAGAACGGCGGCGCACCGGGCGGCAACAUCCGUAACGCGUACUUAUACCGUCCCAACGUCCUCCAGCUACAGGGUGGCAGUACCGCCAUGGCAGGAGAUGCCGUCACAGCGAAUGAGGUGCUCAAGGGACCCAAGCUCAAGUACAACCCCGGCCUCAUUGACCCAAACAAUGCCGCUUGGCUUGACAGCCGAAAGCCCCUCGUCGCCGCCUGGGAGCUCGUCGGGUCACAAGGUAAACCCAACAAGCCCUGGUGGGAUGUCUUGGGAUUGUGGGAUUUGUUCGGUCCAGGCAAGAGCAAGGGAAAGACGCUGUUCACGGUCAACGUGCACUUCACCUCAAAGGGCGGCUCGAGCUCUCUACAUGGCGACGCGCGACCUCCCGUGAACGGCGGCGUCGAGCAGCGCAUCGCGCAGGCCACAGUCGCCGGAGAGUUCAUCUCAGAGAUCCUGGACCGCGACAACAACGCGCUAGUGCUGACGGUCGGCGACUUCAACGAGUAUGGGUUCGCGGCGCCUGUGGAGACAUUUGCCAAGGUGUCUAGGCUGAGGGAUCUAGAUGAAGUUGCGAAGAUCCCGGUCACGGAACGCUAUUCGUACAUCUACGAUAUGAACACACAGGAGCUCGAUCACGCCUUUGUCAGUAAGCAGCUUGGCAAGGGCGCGAAGUUCGAGCAUCUCCAUGUCAACACGUGGCUUGCGUAUAAUGAUCAGGUGUCAGAUCAUGACCCGAGCGUUGCCAAGUUUGAUAUCUGCUAGUUCGGAGUUACUGCCAUCUAUAGAAACGAUGUGUAAGGCUCGAUUGAGAAGCUCUAUAUUUGUAAUGCAUAGUACCCUUUAGUAAAUGUACGUGUUUGAAUAUCGCUCUCUUGUAUUCGUGUUUCUUGCGAGUCUCAUACAGUAUAUUUUAUAUAUACAUCACUCCGCCUAGUUAAGAAUAUGCUACAGAGAACGUCUAC